AUGGAAGAGAAACGGGUUAUACAGCUCCAAUUAUGUGGAAUCAAUGAAAGGCGUAGUAAUUUGCUGAAGUCAAUCCGUGAAAUAACAAAUCAGCUUGAUAACACUGAUCGAUAUAUUAGACAACAAAGGCGGGAUUUCUUACAGCUUAAAGAUAAUCUAUGCGAUUUACAUGCUAAAAAAAAGAAAUUGGUGGAUAGUUACAACAAGAAGCGGACAGAAUACAUUGAUUGGUCAAAUAGAAAUAAAAAAGAUAUGCAAUGUUCUUCCAUAAUUUGUUUGAACUAUCCAUAUCCAGCGACAUAUCCGGCGGCUCAUCGCCACCAGUCUUCUGCUGAUUUUAUUGACGAAGAAACGUUGGAACCGUUUUAUGAACAGAAGAUGGCUUGUAAAAGACUGAUCGAGUAUCUAACUUCACUGCAAUCACGAAUGUCCAUGGGGUGUCCUUCAUCAGCUUACGAUACAACAGAUAAAACAUGUAGGCAGAUGACAGCUGAUGGGAGCGAAGAUUCAGCUGAGGAAUACCCACCAUCUUUUUCCUCAUUGAAAACGCAUUCAUCAUUACCGGUUCGUACCACAGUUGAGCAGGAGUUGGGAAAAGAAACAUCUCUUAUUAACAUUUUGAAGAAAAAGAAUUGCAAAAAAAUCUUCGAAGAAACCGUGUCAGAAACUGAGAUACCGAUACCUCAAACUUAUCGCGAAAUUGAGAACACAUUGAAUAUGGUGCGUAUAUUACUGAAACAAUAUCAAGAACAGACAAACGUUAUUAUUUGGGACGAAAGUGAUUAUGGACAGUUACCUUCACUUAGUGAAAGCGAACACACGGCGGAUUCAACUUGGAAUGGUUCAACAGACACAUCCGAUCGAGGAAGCGUCUUCAAUAUUCAUACUUGCUCCUCUUUCGACCUCACAACGCCGGUGCAAGAGAGACCUGAAUCUUUUGCAACAGAUCUUUGCAGCCAAAAAUUGGAAUUUGCAGCUCUGUUAUCAAUUUCUGAUGAAGGUUUCGCAAGUAAAAAUUCUACUCAUUAG